CUAGUCGACAAGUUCAAUGAAUGGUUCGUUUCCGCUUUUGUAUCGGCUGGACGCAUUCGAUUCCUUAUGCUUCAUACGCAACGUUGUGAUGAGGGUAUCCGUCAAUUCUUCCAGGAAAUGUACGAGACUUACAUCAAAUACUCGAUGAACCCUUUCUAUACCAUAAAUUCUCCUAUAAGGUCUCCUGCAUUCGAACAGAAAGCUGCACUCUAUGGUCGCAAGUAUUUAGUUUGA